UUAAUCCCUAGAGACUAGUCAUCGGAAAUCCCUAAAACCGAAAACCCUAAAACGAAGAAAUUAUCUUAACCCUAGAGUUAUUGCAAUUCUUCUCGACUUCUCCAUGGAAUCGAACGGCCCCCUGAAAGCUCCCGGUACCCUCUUCGGUAGCCUGAAACCUCGCGUCCCCGUAGACUAUCGGCGCCGGACGGGAGUGUUUUUGGGUGAUCCUAAAAUAAGAGCCAUCUUUGAGAAACCAGAAUACGGUUGGUAUGUUCACGUUGAGGGAUUCAACAAUUCGCUUCCCUUGGAUGAGAUCAAGGAGGCGUUGAACAAUCAUUUCAAGUCAUGUGGAGUAAUCGCUAGAGUGUUUCUUAACACAAACCCUGAAACCAAUGUUGUCGACAGCCAUGCUUCUAUUGCCAUUAUCGGAGAUGACGUUGAUGAGAGGGUGAAGGAACUUGAUGGAAGUGAAUUGGCUGGAAGGAAACUAAUUGUUAAGCCCGCCCAGCGGGCUCCGAAUGUGAUUAUGAGAAAUGUUCCUUUUGCCUAGGUACUUAAAUUUGGAGGGGGUAGCUAAAGCUCUCUUGACCAAGCUCUUUUGGUGUUUAAUUUAGAUCGUGAUACAACAUGCAACCCUCGCUGUGUGUGUGUUUUUAAUUACUUGUUAGGUCUUUCUUAUGAAUUGUGAUACAGUGCAUUUGCCAAGUAAGCUCCAUAUAUAUUGA